UUUUUAUAUCAGGCUCAGAGUCAGACGAACCUAAAUAGGUGGAAUUUAUUCAAAAAAACUUGGAUAUAAAUUCCAUCAGAAUAAAGAAAAUUAUCGAUGUAUUUCUUAUAAAAUAAAAUUCUAAUUGUUUGAAAAAUUUAAUGUACAUAACAAUUCUGUAUAUUCUAUAUUCUGUAUAAUGGAAGCAUGCAAAAGUCAAUCGAAAUUAUUUGUUUAUUCAUCAGUUGAUUAUAGGGAUGAAGAAGAAAAAUAUGAACGUGCACACCAAUAUGUGCAGCAACAAAUAUCAGGUUUAUCAGAUAAAGAAUUACAUGAUAUUUUAAAUCAAUUAGCAAAUAAGGAAAAAUUUCAUGAAGAAAUUUGUAUUGGAUUGCUUUAUAUAAUUUUAACUGAUGAACAAUUAGCUCCAAAAACUUAUCGAGAUUUAACGUUAAUUAGCAGAGAUGGCUUACAGCUGGUUAUCAGCAAUUUAAACAUUUUGUUGGUGGAAAAAUAUUCAAAAUUAUCUGAAAUAGGUAGACGUCAAUUAUUGUGGCUAGUAAGAGAACUAAUAAAAAAUCAAGUUCAAAAUGUAGAAAAUAUUGUAUGGAAUUGCUUGAGGCAGGCUAGUGGGGGUGAUAUAUCGCCAAGAAAUUUGUAUUUGGUUGAAGGGUUGUUGGAUAUAUUUAUAGAGCAUCGGCAGUGGUUAGAAAAAAAUUCAUUUUGUGUUUGUUUGGUUGUAUACACAUACGUUCGUUUAUUAGAAGAUCAUUGCAGCAACAGCCCUGCUAUUGUGAAUUUGAGAAAUAAAGAAGUGAAAUUUGUUAUAAGUUUAAUACGUGAUCGCUUUGUUGAUAUCAUAUCGCUUGGAAGAGACUUCGUAAGACUAUUACAAAAUGUUUCAAGAAUACCUGAAUUCAGCAUGUUAUGGCGUGACAUGUUGUCCAAUCCGAAAUCGUUAAGUCCAAAUUUUACAGGAGUUUGGCAGCUGUUACAAAUACGCACAAGCCGCAGGUAUUUACAAUCAAGAUUAACACCGGAAGUUGAAAGGAAAUUACAUUUUCUUACAUCAAGUGUUAAAUUCGGUAACCAUAAGCGAUAUCAAGAUUGGUUUCAAGAAAAAUAUUUUAAUACACCAGAAUCACAUAGUUUGCGAUCAGAUUUAAUUAGAUUUAUAAUAAAUGUAAUACAUCCUACAAAUGACAUGUUAUGCUCAGAUAUAAUUCCGCGGUGGGCCAUAAUUGGUUGGUUAUUAACUUCGUGUACGAAUCCUGUUGCUCAAUCGAAUGCCAAAUUAGCUUUAUUCUAUGAUUGGUUGUUUUUCGAUCCAACAAAAGAUAAUAUUAUGAAUGUUGAACCCGGAAUACUGGUGAUGUAUCACUCGAUUAGAAAUCAUCCUUUGGUGAGUAGUACACUGUUAGACUUUCUUUGUCGGAUUAUAAAAAACUUUCUGCCAAAAAAUGAAGAUAAAAUACGAGCAGGAGUUUAUAAUUCAUUGAGGAAAAUUUUGGAAAAGCAAGUUAUAACAAACCUUCAUCCUCUUUUUGAAUCGCCGAAGUUGGAUAGAGAGCUUAAAAACUUAAUUAGGGACAAUUUCCGUGAAUUUUGUUCUAUUUCCAAUAAUGCAACUAUACUACCUAAUAUAGCACAACCUUCAAUAUUAAAUGAUGCCGACUUCCGAAAUAAUUCCUUGCAUCCAAAUGUGCAGCAUCCUCAGCUAUCACCUGAAGAAAUCAAAAUCUUGCAACAACAACAACAAGUUCACCCACAUCAUCCUCACGUAUUUCCACAGCUACCACUUCAAAAUCAUAACAACAACAUUAUUGGAAUUGAGCAUCAAAUAAGAGUAGAAAUGGACACUAACGCUAACGGAUCUGUAGUUGCAAAUAAUGAAGGGAAUUCAAAUGCCUCUACAAAAGAAGAAAAUGAUAAUGAGCCGGAAGCUGUUUUUAGUGACGAAGAAGCUGAUCCAGACUUAUACAAUAAAAGUGAAGAACUGACUGACGAUGAUGACGAUUUACCUCUUUCAAAAGUUCGAUUAAAAGAGAAACCAACUAUUGACAAAGUUGAUUUGCCUUCUUCAAUAUCUGAUUCAUUUGAAAAAUUUAUAACAACCAAAACAACUCAAACAUUUGAUAGUUUUUUAAAUGAUUUUCGAACACUGUCGCCUUCAGCUUUAAAUUCUGAACAACAAUUAUAUGUUUACACGCAAACUGUUCAAGUACUUAAACAAACCGUACCGAAAAAUAAAUUCCCCGAAAGCAAGAGCGAUGAAAAACUGCUUACAGAAAGUAUUAAUUGCCCAUUGUACAGUAUCUGUCGAACAAUGUACCAAUACGAAGAUAAAUUGAAAAAGUCAUUUCAAAACUUUUUAACAUAUAUUUAUAAAAAAAUUCCCGAUCUGGGGUAUAUGCUUCUAUACUUUCUUAAAGUGUACAGUAAACUGCAAUCAAGAAAAAACACAAAUCAAAGUUAUUCGUAUAAAAGUAGUAUAUACAAACUGCUGUGUGAAAUCGGUAGCGAUGACACAAAUGAUAUAAAUGGGAACAAUAAUAAUGGAGAAGAUGAAGAUGAAGAUGAAGGUGAUAAUGAAAAAUGUACGGGAACAGAGUUGUUGGUGAAAUGUUUAACAAAAGACCUUACUAAUUUAGAAGCAGAAAAUACGCAAAUUUUUUUAUGGCUAAUACCUGAUAUUUUUCGUGAAUUUAAAACAAAUGUAAUUAAUAAUAGCGAAAUUAUAAGAAUAAUCCUAAGUUGUAUAGAUGCGAGAAAUUUACGGGAUUUAGUUUAUAAUGUUACACAGGGUAAAUUACAAUUAUUUAAAAAUGAUGGUGUUUUAGAAUGCAUACGAGAUAGUUUAGAAUAUGAAACAUUUGAACAAUAUUGUUUGUGGCAAUUAGUACAAGCUCACGAUGUGCCUAUUGAAGUUAUACAAAAAUUACUGCCAGAAUUAGAAUCAUCUAAGCAUGCUGAAGCUUUAACAUCAAUAUUAUUUUUAUUGAAACAUGAAAAACCGACCACAGAAUUAAUACGUUUAUUAUUAAGUAGAGAGACGAGAAAUCGUGGUGAUUCUUUCGUAACAUCGGCUUUAAGAUUUUGGUGUACAGACUCUGAAGAAAUUUUAUCAGAAAUUGUAGCUAAUUUACUAAUGUCAAAAUAUCCAAAUAGUUCGCCAAAUAAAAGAAAAAGGCCUGCAAAAAAUCAGUCAGCCAUUAACAGUACGCCAUCAGCUGAUCAACUAUUAAAUCAUUUAGAACAUUUUCGACGCAGUUGUCGACAUGGUAAUGGCACGGGUACCGGACUAUAUGUACAAGACCAAAUGCAAACCGCUUUGCAACAAGCUUAUUCACACAGCAGUGAUAGCAUAAAAAAACAAUAUAGCGAUUUAUUUGCUUUAGCAGCAGAAGAUGAAACAAGUGGUAUAAGUAGAAGAGGCGGAACAGGGCGAGGAAGGAAACAACCGAAUAGCAAAAAAGAUACAAAUAGUUCGCAUAAUACCAAUAAAAAAAAUUUUGAAACCGUUAAUAAUUAUUCCAGUGAGGGAGAAUCCAGCGAUGAUGAAUGGGCAAAACCAAAACAAUCAAAACGAAGAAAAAAAGCUCUUAGCGAUUCAGACUGAUAUGACACGCAACAAGGAAAUUCAAAAUAUCAGCUACAACUUCGAAAAAUUUUAAUGUUGUAUAAUCAUAAGCUUAGGAUAGAAUAUGAUCAUGAUUCUACUGAAGAGCAGUUUCAUUAUCGAAUAAACAAUAGCAUAAUGAUAAGUUUGUACUAAAAAAAUAUUUAAUGUUGAGAAAAUAUUCGUAAAAUGUAGAAAAGUAAGUUAAUUCAAAUAAAAAACUAAAAAUUAAAAAAAAAAUGUUAUAUAUAAUGAGAAAAAUACAAAUAGUAUGAUAUAUUAUAAUUUUAAAUGUGAAUUUAUUAAGUAAUAUUUUAUUGCAAAUAAAACUUAUAAUACACUG